AUGUGGCGUCUCAGUUAUGCACUGCAUGGUCUCACGUCACCGGAGAAUUCAAUGGCACCAGCAGGAGCGCCGACACGCCUGACGGCACGGCCGUCGUGUCGUCACGCCUCUUUUAUUUUCAAUGAACACAACAGCAGCAUUGACAGCAGUCACAGUCGUGAUGCAUGCCUGUUGUCGGCGUCCACGUUACCCGAUGGGAGGCUUUUGGCACUUCAAAUCAAUGGUGAGCGGGCGGAGUUGCGGGACGCGAAACCGUUCGCUCCGGUGGCUCCUCUAUUACGUGCGAAUGAGGAUGGAAUACAACUAAGUCUUCACUCGGCAAGUGGUUCAUCGUCUGGCACGUGUCGUAGUGAAGCAGUGGACGUGGAUUCAGGCGAAGAUGCACGUUUAGUUCCUUUGAGUACCUCUUCUUGGCGGCUCCUUCACUCGACGGUGUUAGUUUCAGAUGACGACAAUGAGCCAUUGCAACGGAUACGACGCCAUAGUGACUUUGAGCCGGCUGCCUCGGUACUGGCAAGCGACGCCUUGUAUCAGCUUCAGCUAGAGCCGCUGGAGAAGACGUGUUCAGUUUUCUUUGACAGUACCGCUGUCAAUGCGACCGCCCUGGACUCCUGGGGGCCGCACGCAGUUGUUGUUGGCUUCUCUUCGGGAGAUGUGUCUUUGUUUGACUGGCGCGAUCCGAGUGCGGGGCCGCUGAUGCGCACGUCUACGCCGCAGCCGCCGUCACGCAGCCGACCGGUGCGCGGGCGCCGCGGGGCCUCCGUAGUGCAUGCGGGUGUUAUGUCCUGCUGCGCACUGGAAGACAGCUUCCGCGUUGUGUGUGGCUUGGGUAACCACAUGGGUACGGUUGUGGUGACGGACCUGCGCAAAGCUUUGACUUCGUCAGCUGAACCGAGGAAACGGGGUCGCGUGUUGCUGGCAGAUGAAGCUCGUCAGGCCGUUGUUGCCGGCAGCUUCUGCACGCCAACCUCGUACCCGGCAUGUGACAUGCGGCACUGUCGCUGGGACUUUGGUACGAUUGGAAUGGUGGAUACGGGCGGAACAGCCAUGCUAACAAACAUUGGUGCGCUGGAGGCAGGCUCACUGCGUGCGCGGCGGGGCUGGAAUCGUACAGCAGAGGAAGUUUCACAACUGCCUGCAACGGCAACUGAGUAUGGGAUAAACAACAACAGUAACGGCAACGCAGUCCUUCAUACCCGGGGUCUCCGCUGUGAUGUGUCCCAAGAAGGCUGCUUUCUGCUGAGCUCACGGACAACGCCAUGGUCCGCCUCGUUGACUCAACGGAGCGGAAGACGAACAGAGCUUGCGCUUUCUCUGGCAGCAAGUGAGAAAUCUGAUGGGAACAGUUUCACAUCCGUGUCUUGCAUGGGAUCAAUUGUUUUUGCACAGACGGGCAUGGGGAAUGCUCUGUGUGCCACCGUCCCCGCGUGUUGA